AUGUAUUUGUCCUUUGGCAUUCUGAUGUGGGAGAUAGCAACACUGAGUGAGUUGCCGUACCAAGGAAUGUCGAACGAAGAAGCUGGCGAAUACGUCAAGAAUGGCAACGUCUUAAGCAAGCCAGAGGGUUGCCCCGAUACGUUGGAUGAGAUCAUGAUCAUGUGCUGGCAGUACAACGAGAAGCUUCGCCCAACGUUCCUGGACAUCAUUCAACAUUUUGAGAACACGGGCGCCAUCUUACCCCGCUUCGCCCAGAAUUCCUUCUACCACAGCGAUGAGCGGCAGCAAGCCACCCACGACAAGCUGAACGACGACGAGCUGGAACGGGUCUCCAUCUUGAACGGCAGCGAGAAAGACGCCUACGAGAAUAUGGCUCCUAAGGAGCGCAAACGGACCCCAAAAAACGGACUGGUGCCGGCCAACGGCCGGGCUGUCCAUAACGGCUCGAGCGACAGCUCCAUAGGCAAGGUCACCCAGUGCUAA